UCCACCAUCACCAUCGAUCACCCUCUUCAAGAACCCAAGAUCAAGAUGUCGUCUACUCAGGACCUCCAGUGGCUGCUCACUCGCAAGAGCUCGUCGUACAUCGUCAAGCAGAAGGGCCUCGGCCGCGUCUUCUCUCGCGAGCCUCACAACCUGACGUCGAUCCACUCGUACACGCACUCUGGCCUCGUUAACGACAAGUCGGUCGGUAUCCAGCCCAACGCUGACGGCAAGGGCUUCGUUCUCUCGACGAAGAAGCAGAACGUCAGCCCCGGCCAGAUCAAGGGCAGCAGGAACGUCAAGGUCAUCAAGAGCGGCGGCAGCCGUCGUGCGGCCGGCGUGGUUGCCAACGUCAUUGGCAAGUCGGGCUACAGGAGCGAUCUCCUCAAGCCUGCUGUUGCCCGUGCCUCGGCUAUCCACAAGAGCCAGCGCCCCUCGGGCCGCAAGCAGCCCCCUGCUCGCAAGGUUCGCGGCACUGGUGCUCGCAAGGUCCUUGUCCAGCCUCAGAACUAAGCGUAGAGCACGAUCUCUGUUCCUCGCUCCUCGACAAGCCCUUGCUCCUCCAUUCAUACACUCUCACUUUGUAAAAUGACACCAACACUCGCAAGCCUGGCGACAGGCGAGCUCGGCAUGAUUGAUAUGCAAUGUCCAUCAUAGGC